AUGUUUGAACACUUCACCUUUGCCGCCCAGGCACAAUCACAUUGUCAGAAUGUCGAGGACGUUCCACCACUCGACAUCUCCCUCCCCUCACCAGUCCCCUCGCCAAUCCUUACCCCUCAAUCAUGGAACCUACCCGAAUUGCAAAGCCCCGUCGACACCAUCGCCCACCAAUUCAGCACCCAGACCCUCUCACCCUCUCUCCACGAUGAGAAAUCUCAGACUUCACUAUGGUACCACCCAACCAGCACACCAAUAAUCGACUCAGACUCCGACCAUGACCACAUCCACCCCUCAGAACUCACCUACAUCUCCACCACACGCGGACUAACCCGUGUUCAAGCCGAAUUCUCCUCCUUUCCCUCCUACACCAGCACAAACAGAACGCUCGCCUGUCGACGAGCCCAACGCCAACGCAACACCCAAGCCCAAUGCUCCUCAAAACAUAUGCGCGACAUCCAAAGCCUCGUCUCCAGCAUGAUAGAGUCGAACUCGCAAUGUCGGCUUCGCAAACCCACCGCCAUCAUCUACCCCAAUAGUCCCCCACCCAGUCGCGGCGGGGAUUCCUCUCCGUACUUUGAGGAACUCACUCCCAAGAUCGCAGAGGCGGAUAUCGAGAUGCGAUGUAGUUUCGAUCGCGCUAGUAGUCCUGAGGAUGAGGGGUUUGGGGAUGAUGAUGAGUUGGUGCCGGUGGUUAGGGGGGAAGUUGCGUCGCUGAGACGAUGUGCAGUUCCGGGGGGGAUUCGGAAGAAUGGUGCGGUUCUUGUGAAGGGGAGAGAGCUUUCGUCGGGGGUGGGGAGUGCUUGUUCGAGGAUUGUGGAUGGGAAGGUGAAGGUUAGGGGUGCGCCGAGGAUGAGGAGGAGGUGUAAGGUUGCAUGA